UCCAAUUUUGAUCACAACUAAUAGAGAUUUACUCAACAAUUUGAUUCAAUGGAGUUUUUCUUCAGAGUUCAACUUUUGAUUCCUUUGAUUUCAGUGCUUGCCCUUUUCCCUCUUUCUGAAUCCAAUAAUAUCCAGUUUUGUGAUGCCACAAAUAUUUAUGGAGAUUCUGGGUGCGAUUUUAUGUCGUCAGUUUCAUCAAAGAUACUUAUAAAAGGAGGAACUGUAGUGAAUGCUCAUCAUAAGGAGGUCGCUGAUGUGUAUAUAGAGGAUGGAACAAUUGUGGCAGUGCAGCCUAACAUCAAGGUUAGUGACGAUAUCAAAGUCAUUGAUGCAACUGGAAAGUUUGUCAUGCCAGGAGGAAUUGAUCCUCAUACACACCUUGCUAUGGAAUUUAUGGGAUCGGAGACAAUUGAUGACUUCUUCAGUGGACAGGCAGCCGCAUUAGCUGGUGGAACAACAAUGCAUAUUGACUUUGUUAUUCCGGUAGAUGGAAGCUUAUCUGCAGGUUAUGAAGCUUAUGUAGAGAAAGCUAAGAGGUCAUGCAUGGAUUAUGGUUUUCACAUGGCAAUUACAAAAUGGAAUGAAACUGUAUCUGAGGAGAUGGAAAUUAUGGUCAAGGAGAAAGGUAUCAACUCUUUCAAAUUUUUCCUUGCCUACAAAGGUUCCUUCAUGGUUAAUGAUGAGCUUCUAAUGGAGGGAUUGAAGAAGUGCAAGUCCCUUGGUGCCUUAGCUAUGGUUCAUGCAGAAAACGGGGAUGCUGUAUUUGAAGGUCAAAAAAGAAUGAUCGAACUUGGUAUUACUGGUCCAGAGGGACAUGCAUUAUCAAGGCCUCCAGUGCUGGAGGGAGAGGCUACUGCUCGAGCUAUUCGUUUGGCUAGCUUUGUGAACACUCCAUUGUAUGUUGUUCAUGUCAUGAGUAUUGAUGCGAUGGAAGAAAUUGCCAGAGCUCGGAAGUCAGGUCAAAGAGUUGUUGGGGAGCCAGUCGUUUCAGGUUUACUUCUUAAUGAUUCAGUACUUUGGGAUCCUGAUUUCCAAUUUGCAGCAAGGUAUGUCAUGAGCCCACCAAUCAGAGCAGCAGGUCAUGGAACAGCUCUUCAAGCAGCUCUUGCUGCAGGGGUUCUGCAGCUGGUAGGAACUGAUCACUGCACCUUCAACUCAACUCAGAAAGCGCUAGGAAUUGGUGAUUUCCGGAAAAUACCAAAUGGUGUUAAUGGUAUGGAGGAGAGAAUGCAUUUGGUUUGGAAUACAAUGGUGGCUUCUGGUCAGAUAUCUGUCACUGAGUAUGUUCGCAUAACAAGCACAGAAUGUGCUCGGAUUUUCAAUAUCUAUCCAAGGAAGGGAGCAAUACUUGUUGGGUCUGAUGCAGAUAUAAUCAUUUUAAAUCCCAAUUCAAGCUUCAAGAUUAGUUCAAAGUCACACCAUUAUAGGACAGAUACCAAUGUCUAUGAGGGUUGGACAGGCAAGGGAAAGGUUGAAACUACAAUUGCAGGAGGAAGGGUUGUUUGGGAAAAUGAUGAGCUGAAAGUCAUCCCUGGUGCUGGCAAGUACAUUGAAAUGCCACCUUUCAGUUAUCUUUUUGACGGGAUAGACAAGGCAGAUGCAAAGUACCUCUCUUCCUUAAGAGCACCCGUAGAACGAUCAACGACUUGAUUUGGCAAAUUCACUUUUCAUUAUGAGGAACAGAAAGUCUCUCUCUAUUUACUUGUAAAUACAGAAUAUCCUUAAGGACAUUCAAACUCUUGCAGUUGCUGAAAAACCCUUGGGCACAUAAUGCUAUUUAUAAAACUUAUGUUUAUUCCGUAAAGGAUGUUAUACAUUGGUGUAUAGCUGGAUUACUGAAUGGAGUUUGAGCAUUUACCUUGUAGCAUUUACCUCAUAGUGCAGAAUAAAAGUAGAUUCCAGGAAA